AUGUCUUCCAUAUUGACUUUCGAGCUGUUGAUCGAUGAAUACGGAGAGCUCUUGAUUGAGAAGCUCAAGGACUUCGCUGGGCCAGGCGAGACUGUUGACCUGACUCACUGGUUUACCUGUUGGGCAUUUGAUUCGGUUGUGCUAACUGGCGACACGUUUUCUCAACGCUUUGGGUUUCUUGACAAUGGUGAAGAUAUCGGAGGCAUCUGUGAGAGCCUUCGUCAACGAAUGCCCUAUGCCGCUUUUGCGUGCGUAUAUCCAGAACUGCAUCCAACCUUGUUCAAAAUCGUCAACUGGCUCGCCGGCACAGCCACUGGUAAAGUAGACUAUACCAUCGCCUAUACCACGGAGCGUAUCGCAGAGAGAAUGGAAGAAGAAAAGCCGGAUAAGAAGGACAUGCUUGCUCAGUUCAUAGCCGGUCAGCGGAGUGAUCCCACCACUUUCACGGACUGGGAUGUUCUCAUUAGAGCCUUUGGUAACAUUGUGGCUGGCGCUGACACAACAUGGAUCACUCUCACCGCUAUCAUUUAUUAUCUGCGGAAGAAUCGAAGAUGUCUUGACAAGCUGCGCAGAGAGAUCGAUGAGCUGGCCAACACAGGGUCAAUUUCGAAUCCUGUCUCUUUCUACGAGUCCCAGCGAAUGCCCUACUGUCAGGUGGUGAUAAAAGAAGGCCAGAGGAUGUACCCUGGCACUGAGUUGCCCUUGUUCCGUGUUGUCCCAAGGGGCGGGGCGAUGAUCUCUGGAACGUACUUCCCUGAAGGAGCUGUUGUCGGCAUCAACAACUGGGUCGCCCACUGCAACAAGGACGUAUUUGGGCCUGACCCAGACGCCUUCCGCCCAGAGCGCUGGCUCGAGGGAGAUACCACAGCCAUGAGUCGUUACUACAUCCCCUUUGGAGUCGGUCCUCGAGCUUGUCAAGGCCUGAACGUUGCGUUGAUGGAGAUAUCGAAAUUUGUCCCUCAGCUUGUCCGCCACCUUGAUUUCGAUAUGCUCAGUGAAUGGAAGACCACGAGUCGGUGGUUAAUGUUCCAGUCCAACCUCAACGUCAAAGUUAGAUUCAGAGUUUAG